AUGUCGGCCGAAGACACGACGAAUUCUCCGCUGGAGGAGUCCCCAGAACCAGAGGACCAAGCCAUCGGUCCGGAGACGACUCCGGCAGAUGGCGUCAAAAAGCGCUGGCGUAGGAAUCGCGUUGCGUGCGACGCCUGUCAUACCCGUCGUGUAAGGUGUGACCGCGCGUUCCCAUGUUCGAGAUGCAUCGCAAGCCAGACGCAGUGCGAGCUUACGAGAGAGAGACGGAAAAGGGGGCGCAUACCGCGCAGUGAAUACUCACGUAGAGACAGUUCCUUUGUGGUGCAGGACGCACAGGAAGAAGCAGUCGAUGACCAAAAGGUUCGCGCGCAGAGGAAGUCUACCACCCAUCAGCCCGACUUCAUCAGCAUGGUCACAAAUCCUCCACCCACGGAGCAAAUUGCGCAAACUACUAAUUUCUCUCCCUCCGCUCAGACAUCGCCCGGUCAUCCACUACCUCCUUCUGCCCAGGGCAGUGGCGAACGCCAGUCACAGCUACAGCCGUCGCCUAGAGAAACGAUCAGGGAAGAUGGAAAAGCGGUUGAAGAUUGGAUGUCGAGUUCGAAUGGCUUUGUACAACAACCAUUCCCGUAUCCGAUCCUAGGAAAUUUAGGGCUGUCGGAUGGGUUCUUUGAUGUUUCUUUCGAUAUGAUGGGUAUGAACAAUAUGAACGGACAUCAGUUGUCGCGAUGCAGAUCGCGACAACCACGGAAUAACGAUCGACCUCAGCGGACAGGAGAGACUCCUCUGAAAUACCCUGUGCUAGCACCGCUGAUGCCUUUUCUGGAGCCGUACCUCUCGCGAGAUCUGGUCUAUGAUCUCCUUGAUCUGUAUUUCACGAGCGCUUUCUCAACAGCUAUGCACCCUGCCUGCCAUCACAUCCAUUGCUACGUUGUCCGGAAGUCGUCUUUCCUCAGCCGCGAAAACCCACGAGUCAGUAGUCCCGCCCUGCUUGCGAGCAUGCUCUGGGUGGCUGCACUUGAUGACCGGACAUUUUCCUUGUCGAUCUCUCCUCCAAAGCGGAAGAAACUCUGUCAAUUUCUAUGUGCAUUGACUGUACGAUUAUUACGGCCCUUGAUUCAUGUCUCGUUCAAAGAAAAUGAAAGCUUCCCCAUCAUCGAUAACGACCACAUAUUUCCUAGCGCGGCUCAUGAUCGGACCCAUUCUUUUGAAGGAGGCGGUGAUGACCGAGGCUUGGUCGGACCGGCUGGAUCAUUGGAUGAUGUGGUUACUUAUAUCCAUGUAGCUUCAAUUAUAUCUUCCAGUGAGCAAAAAGCAGCUAGCAUGCGAUGGUGGCACGCUGCUUUUACCCUAGCAAGAGAACUACGACUCAACCAGGAAGUCGAAGCAACCUCAAAUCUUAAUAGCCCAGUAGACAGCUCUAAUGUACCUUUCGAAUUUGCCGAGGGCACUUGGUAUGGCACAAGCCGCAAUGGGGCUAAUUGGGACUUUCUCCUUCCCUCUGGUCGAGCAAACUUGAACUGUGUAUGCACACAGCAGCAACAUCGACCUAAUCUUAUGACGGAAGAACACCGCGAAGAACGUCGUCGAACUUGGUGGCUUCUAUACAUUAUGGACCGCCAUCUAGCACUAUGCUACAACCAUCCUCUCGCAUUACUCGACGCAGAGUGCGAUGAUCUCCUUUUGCCUCUCGAAGAAGGGCCUUGGCAGGCCGGUGAUAUACACAGCAAUAGUUCCAAGGCCGACGGCCCUCAAUGUCCCGUGUCUGGCGAUACAAACAGACGGCGAUGUUUUCCGAAUUUCACGUGCAACGACCACUCGGUAUUUGGCUUCUAUCUACCUCUGAUGGCCAUCACUGGAGAGUUGAUCAACCUCAACCAGGCUAAGAAUCACCCGAUGCUGGGUACCCGUCUUCAAGGCAAGGAUACAUGGGAUGUGCAAGUGAAUGAAGUCCUGCGUCAGUUGGACACAUACAAAGCAACACUACAAGCCUUUGCAACCCACUAUUCCCCAACUACCGCCGUCCCGCCGACAUCACCGCCUGUACCACCACUCGCACAACAGCCACCGGGACCGAGUCAACCGCAGCAGCAGACUACACUCACACCACCGAUGCUUAAUGAACCAGCAGGUAUUGAUGAAAUAAGCUAUAAAUCAUAUCAUUCAUGGCACACGCAAACUGUCGUUGCAUACGCCUCUUACGUUGUGCACGUACUACAUAUUCUCUUAAUGGGCAAAUGGGACCCGGUAUCUCUACUAGAAGACAAAGACUUUUGGACAUCAUCGCCAACAUUUGCAUCAACAAUAUCGCACGCCCUAGAAGCCGCAAACACUCUCGAGCGGAUCCUCCACUACGACCCUGACAUCAGCUUUAUGCCAGAUUUCUUCGGCAUCCAGCUUCUACAGGGAAGCUUCCUGCUGCUACUCAUUGUAGAGCGGCUGCAGAAUGAGGCCGGCGAAGGUAUUCUGAAAGCUUGUGAAGUGGUGAUUCGCGCGACCGAGUCCUGCGUUGUAACUCUGAACACUGAGUAUCAGCGCAAUUUCAGGCAGGUCAUGCGUAGUGCUGUGGCACAGGCACGAGGGCGUCCCGUAAAUCAUAGUGAAAUCUGGCACCGUCGAAAAGCCGUAUUGGCGUUGUACAGGUGGACUAGGAAUGGGACGGGGUUGGCUUUGUAG